GCGCGGCGGAGCUGCUGGUGAUUGACCAGCUUUCCCCCCCGAUCUGGCGCCUCCCCUCUUCUCUAUAAAUGUACGACAUCUAUUCAUUGCGUCCACAGCGAGGCUUGUCCAAGUCAGAGAAACUGCGCUGCUCCGCGGAAUGCUGUUGACACACUAGAAUUUCCUCCUCGAUUUUUAUUUCUCCACCUCCGCGCUGAACUCGAUCCUUGCUGCAUUUUCCAGACGUUUUCUUCUUUUUUGAUUCUUUUAGUAUUCUUGUUUGAUUCGGUGGUUGGCCAGUGUGCUGUGUUGUUGAGAUGAAGGCUGUGACUCCAGUCCGCCCCCAGGACUCCUCCUCCAGCAGCAGCCAGCUCCCCCAUCACUAUCUCUCCAAGCAGAGCCUGAACAUCGGCCGGUGCAGGAUGGAGGAAGAGGACCUGUUCUGCCUGCAGUACGACAUGAACGACUGCUACAGCCGGCUCAAGCGGCUGGUGCCCACCAUUCCGCAGGAUAAGAAAGUGAGCAAAGUGGAGAUCCUCCAGCAUGUCAUAGACUACAUCCUGGACCUGCAGCUGGCCCUGGAGACGCACCCGGUGCUGCACAAACAGCCUCCUCCUCCUGCACAGCAGCAGCAGCGGACCGGGAGCUGCCCUGCUGCUCCUGCAGCCUCCAACCCCAACAGGACGCCCCUGACGGUGCUGAACGUGGACCACCACCAGAGGACAUCGAUAGUCAAAAAACCUGAGGACUCAAUUUUAUGCCGCUGAAAACGUGACCACUGCAUUGGUGUGCAGGCUGCACAGAGCCGCUCCAAAGCCAGCAAAGCUUCGCCAGGGACUCACACCCAACUGGAGGCACAAUCACAGGGGGAUUGCAAAACCGCUGGGAGGAAUUAAACCCAAAUAAAAUGACCAUUCACGUCAGUUUUUUUUUUUUCCUUUUCUCUAUGGUUCCAGUAAACAAGGACUCAGUUCAGACAUGUCCACCUCCUUCCCCCCUUUUUAGAUGCUCCUGCUUUUACUUCUCGUCACAGUUUGUCUCCUUAAAAGCUGAAAAAUAUCAAACCCCCCCAAGCUCAGAAGUCUUCUUUUUUUUUGUCGGAAAUUCAUCUGCCAACAGCUAUGACAACUGUCUGUGAAUUGUGCUUAAAGAAUAACUAAACAUGACUCCAGUUCAAGCUUUACUAAACUGAGAAAAUCAUUGUAAAUGUUUUGGACAUCUAUUGUUUCAAAUAGAUGAUUUGUGUUAAACAGGGGUGCCAUCCCUGGGAUCUUAAAAUGUUUGAUAUUGUAAAGAAGAACAAUUCUGAUUGGAAACGAUUAAGAUUGUAAAUAUAGAGACGCAAAUGUUCUAUAAAGGUAUGUGAAAGGAAGACUUAUAUGCUUAAAAUAAACUAUUGUAAUUAUAAGAUAUUUUUUAUUAAAACCAUUUUUUCCUGUUCUGUAAAUAUUGUGUUUCCACUCUUGUGAUUGAACGUGGUUAUGCUCUGCCAAUAAUGUCCUCACAUGUUGAUAACAGUUAACUCUUUGCAGUGUUUUUGAGAUAGUUUGAAAUGUAGCAUGUCAGGCUCGUUGCAGAGAUCAUGAAUGUGCACUGAAGCAGCGUCUCUGUGUAGAUACGUGGUGCAGUUUCACACCACCUCUUCGGUUAUUCGCCCUCCUCAGUUUUUCUAUCGGAUUGUUUUGUAUCUAUGAACUAUGACGGCUUCGGCCUGCGAGGAGAGAUGGGUCUGUGUUAUUUUUUGAUUUGAUUUUUCAAAGAAGGUGGCUUGAUUUAAUUCUUUUAUGUUGCACUCAUGUUAAAAAAAAAAUAAUAAUAAUAAUCUAAACGCACUUCUAACAGUGUUCACUAUGUAGUACCUUAAAAAAAGAAAUCACUGCACUCAGUGUCUCUGUUAUAUUUCUGUAGUCUGAGCUUCUCACGAGAAGUUAAUGGUUGACGACAGGAAAUCAUUAAACUUUAGUUAGGAAUUAGUGAACUAUGUGAACAUUAACAGACCCCUUUCGGACAGACGAUGUCUUUAAGCUGAUAAAAAGUGAUUUCCCUGCUGGAGCAUCAGCAGAUAUUGUUAAUGUAAACAGGGGGAAAGCCUUUAUUUUUCAUGACAUUCAACACCGAAUUUACCUCACCACCCUCCUGCCAGAGUGAGAGGGCACUUGUACAUUACUGUCAGCUGCACUGUUGAACUUGACCUUCACUGGCUUAUGAGGAGUUGUCUAAACGAUUAAAGUUUCCAGGAAGAA